AUGGGCCCGCGGCGCCGUGCGGAAAUCGAGCCCGAGCCUGAGGUCGAGGUCGAGGAGCAUGAUCAGGAGGAGCAGGAGCUGGAGCUGGACAGCCUGACCUUCAACGAACCACUAUCAUGGCGAGCUGGCAAGCCGAUUGCAACGGGGGAGCUUCUGAAGAGGCUCGAUACGCUGUCCCACGAGUUACAGGAGAUGGACCAGGAUGCGAUAGACAAGGACUCGUUCGCCAAGGUCGCAAAGGAACUCGCGGGUCAGCAACUGCUGGGGCAUAAGGAUAAAGGCGUACGCGCAUUCGCAGCGUGCUGCUUAGUGGAUGUGCUGAAGCUCUGCGCUCCAGACGCGCCUUUUACCCCGACCCAGCUCAAGGAUAUCUUCACGCUCUUUGUCACAUCGAUCCUUCCCGCCCUCUCCGAUCCAUCACAUACCUACAACUCUCAGCAUAAAUAUGUCUUGGCUUCCUUGUCGGAGGUCAAGAGCAUUGUUCUGCUAUGCGACAUCCAAAACUCAGACGCCUUGAUCCUCUAUCUUUUCAACAAUUUUUUCGAUAUGAUCUCGGGUAGCACCAAGGCUUCUACGGGAGAGACCAUUGCCAAAGAUGUCGAAUUCAACAUGACCCAAAUUUUGGUGACUUUGGUGGACGAGGCGCACAGUUUACCGGCGAACGUGGUCGACAUUAUCGUUGCGCAGUUCCUGAGAGCGUCCACACCAGGGGAUGGCAAGAAGAAGAAAGAAGUUGAUGAGAAGCAGACUACCCUGCUCCUGAAGGACCUUCCGGAGGCAUAUAAUAUGGCCAAGACGAUUUGCAAUACUUGUACGGAGAAGAUGGCGCGGUACAUCAGUCAGUACUUUAACGAGGUAAUCUUGGAGGCUUCAGCCGGAGCUGUACAUAAGUCCAGUGGCCACAGAAGAACGAGUGAUGCGCUGGGCGACUCUGAUGACGAAGAUACUCCCACUGGGCCAACCGAGGCGGAAUUAAACGAACUUUCAAAGGCUCAUAAGCUUCUCCGAGAACUAUGGAGGGCAUCGCCGGGUGUUUUGCAGAAUGUGAUCCCUCAACUGGAAGCAGAAUUGUCUGCCGAUAACGUGCAGUUGAGGACCAUGGCCACUGAGACCUUGGGCGACAUCAUCUCUGGUAUUGGGGCUGCAGGGCCCCCUCCCCCUCCUUCCAUGGAUCCUGCUGCCUACCCUCCUGUCAGACUGGAAGACUACCCUCAAGGCCCCAUGUCAGACAGCAUUCUCACGACUCCCAUUUCUCCGCAAUCUUUUGCCCAAACCCAUCCGACCGUCUAUCACAGCUUCAUGGGAAGAAAGCAAGAUAAAUCUCCUGUGAUUCGGUCAGCGUGGACUACAGCCAUCGGGCGCAUCCUCGUGACAUCGGCAGGAGGCAUCGGUCUGAGCCGUGACGAAGAAGCAUCUUUGGUGUUAGGACUGGGCGAGAAGCUGUCUGAUUCUGACGAGAAGGUUCGUCUUGCAGCAGUUAAGGCAGUUAGCAGAUUCAGCUUUCAUGACAUUAUUUCGAAGCUCGCGCCAAACGGAUCUGUCACAAAGUCUGGAUCCGUCCUGUGCACCCUGGCGGAUAGGGCGAGAGACCGCAAGCACAACGUGCGAGAGGAGGCCAUGAUAGCUCUUGGCAGAAUCUGGGGUGUCGCUGCUGGCGAGAUUGCCGAUGAGAACGAAAUAGUGAUGGAUGCUCUAGGAGGCAUUCCUAACAAGAUCUUCGCUUCACUCUAUGUGAACGACGUCGAGGUCAAUGUUUUAAUCGACAGAGUCACGUACGAGCAGCUGAUCCCCCUCGCCUAUCCACCGUCGAAAUCGAAGAAGUCAAAAGCUUCAAAUGGAGAAUCCCAAACGCAAACCAAUGGAGAUGGGCCGUAUGAUCCUGACAAAAUUCGGACGGAGCGUAUUCUUUUGGUUAUAAAGUCUCUCGACCAAAAGGCAAAGAAAGCCUUCUACGCGAUGCAGUCCCGGCGAUCAACCUAUUCGAAAGUUCUCGAGAUGUUCCUGAAGCGCUGCGAAGAAUUCAAUGGUGGCGUUGUCGAGGGCAACGCGAAGGAAGUCAAGAAGCAAUUAGAUAGUACCAUCAAGUGGCUUGCCGAUCUAUCGCCUGACCCUCUGCGGACCGUUCAGGAACUGCAGAAAUACGCCAAAAUGCACGACCGGAGAUCCUAUCAGCUUCUGAGAUUUGCUAUGGCCCCUGAGAGUGAUUUUGCUAUGGUUUACAAGGCAAUCAAGGAGUUCCAGAAGAAAAUGCUUGCGGCACCCACCGCUCCAGCUGGCCUCCUCGACACUCUUACGCCAAUAAUCUACCGCUCCGCAUCCCUGAUCUACAACCGUAGCCACCAACCGGUCAUUCUGCAGUAUGGUAGAACUGAUGAGCAUGGAUUAGGGGCUACUGCGCGUGAUCUCAUGAAAGAGAUAUCGGACAAGCACCCCGAGAUUUUCAAAGCUAGUGUCGCGGAAUUGUGCAAAUCUCUCGAGGAGCAGGCCCCUACAAAGACGAAGGCAAACGACGCUGGCAGUGUCGAUGCCCUUCGGGCUCUUGCCUCUUUUGCCAAGGAGGAGCGCAAGGACGGGAAGAGUGACAUAGAUCCCACACCAAAGUUCACGCAGGCCUUAAUCAGUUAUGCAAUGUACGGAACUCCAGCAAAAGCGGCGAAAUACGCGGUUACCGUUCUGCAUUCCAUCAAUUCGACAAGAAAGGAGAUGCACAUGAAGGAUCUGCUGGACAAAUGCCUGACCAACUGGACCUUCGGCGAGGAUCACUCCUUGGCGAAGAUUGCCACCAUAUGUCAACUGUGCCUGCUUGACCCAAAACUGGUAGAGGAUGCGAACGACGAAAUCAUCGAUGUCACUACGCAACAGAUUCUCUUACAAUUUCGCACUCCAAAGACAGAAGAAGACCCACCGUGGCAAUCCGAUGAUGAACUGGACGAUGAAAUCCAAGCCAAAUGCUGGGCUAUUCGAACCCUGGUCAACCGCCUGCGAACGACAGAAGACGACGAUACUGCGAAGACGCUUGCUGUACCGAUUUACAAGGUCAUAAACACUCUGAUCACCAAGGGCGGAGAAUUACAACCAAAGAAUAAUGAUACGCCGGCUCACCACAAGUCCCGCCUACGCCUCCUCGCUGCUCAGCAGAUGUUGAAGUUGUGCAAGCAGAAAAGGUUCGAUGACCUACUAUCACCCAAAGAGUUCAAUUGUCUCGCACUGGUCGCUCAAGAUACCCUGGCAAGUGUCCGUAGUGGCUUUGUCGAGAAGCUACAGAAGUACAUUGUUAGAGGUAAAUUCCCUCCUAGAUUUACGACCAUCAUCUUCAUUACCGCCUUCGAGCCUGUUCCAAGUUUCCGCAACUCGAUCAUGACGUGGAUUCGCUCUCGUGUCAAGCUCUGCCGUGAUAGCAAGAGCACCGUCUUUGAACAACUCUUCCCUCGUCUCCUCCACCUUCUGGCCCAUCACCCCGAUUUCAGCACCGAGCCUGAGGAGCUGGCUGACAUCGGCAAAUACAUCAUAUUCUACUUGUCAACAGUGUGUUCAGAUGAAAGCUUGGCAUUAAUACACAAGUACGCGGAGCGUGUGAAGCAAGCUCGAGACGCAAUUUCGAAAGACGACGAAAACCUCUAUAUGCUCAGUGAUCUCGCCACGACACUGAUCCGGAAGUGGGAAGAGAAGAAGGGAUGGAAUAUGCAGGUAUAUCCAGGUAAAGUUGGUAUGCCAGCAGGUUUGUUCGCUCCUCUCCCCAGUCAUGCCGUUGCGCAGGAGAUUGCGGAGAAGAGCUAUCUGCCUGAAGACAUGGAUCGUCUUCUUGACGGUCUGGUCCGGAAGGCUGAGCAGAAGAAGGUGCGUCGUUCCCUUACUCGCCCAAAAGUAUUCCUAGGGCACAAGUCUAAAAUACUGACCAAGCAGAAACGCAAAUCCGACGAUAACGAUGGCCGCCCACCUAAGAAGCUCAAGUCCGAACGUCAGCCCCGCGCAGCCAAAACCCCAGUAGCGAAGAAGGAGAAGCCUGCCCGCGAGAAGAAGACACCAAAGCCUAGGAAACAACCUGCCGGUGCCUUCAGCACACCUGAUUAUUCGUCUGUGGAUAGGAGGAAGAGCGGCCGUAUGACGGCCUCGAGUGCAAAAAAGGUGUAUGUGGACCGUGACUCAAGUGAAGACGACCAGGAGAUGUUGGAGGGUGUUGCGCAGUGGGAGUACCUUGACGGCGCAGCUCCUCCUGACUCGGAUUCGGAUGCGGAUGAGAAGGAUGCGGAACAGGUUGAUGAUGAGAUGGAAGUUGAUGAGGAGGCCGAGGAGGAAGAGGAGGAGGAGCCCAAGAAGGAAGAAAAGGCUCCUCCACCUGAACCAGAACCCGAGGCUGAAGAAUCCGAUUCUUCACUCUCUCCUGGGCCCGAAUCCGAACCCGAACCCGAACCUGAACCUGAACCGGAGGAAGGGACCCGGGAGGAAGCUGAAAAUGAAGAGGAAGAAGUCGAAUCUACACCACCCGCCUUGACUAGAAAGCGCUCUCUUCCCUCAAGAACAAGCGCUCGCAAACCAACCGCAAAGUCCUCAUCCGCCACGUCUACCCCCAAAGCGACGAAAGCGAAGCCAGCGGCGAGAGCCAAGACUGUAUCUAAGGUGAAGAGCCCUAUUGUAGCCAAGGCUACCCCAAAGACCAAAGCAAAAGAACAAAUUGUGAAGACUGCUGCGCAGGGGCGCAACUUGCGGAAUAGAGCGGCUGCGGCGAAGUAA